AUGGCGACCAAGUGCCCUCCAGAGUACACCUGCACCAAGUACAUCAACCAGGGCCCAUGUGACGCCGCCAAGUGCAUGAUGGACUGUGUGAGCUCGUACAAGGGCGCAGGGGAAGGCCAGUGCUUCCCUCAAGGAUGUAGGUUAUAUUUAGGGGGCAACUACGCAGUGUGCGCUUACUUUUUUCUUUACGGAGUGCCAUGUCCCGACAACCCACCUCCUUCCAUAAAUAGAAAGACCCAGAGUAUGUGGUUCUCACUGGAUCGUUUAGCUGGUGUUGAGCAGUCUUUUCUGCCAUGGCAUGAAAUCCCCAAAUCCAAAUGCUACCUUUCACUCCACCUUUUGCCUUAA